AAAAAGUAUCUAUUCAAAAGCUAUUGUAGCACAGUAAAUAUAUUCACUAAAUAAACACACAAAAAACUAACUGCUUUGUGCGGAUGAAUAAAUAAUUGGGUUAUUAUUACACCUUUUGAGAUCUCAUUGAUUUCAAUAUGAGCUAACACUUUGUGCGAAAUCCUUGAUGAAUGUUUAAUGGAUAACUGCAUUAUCUUAUUUUCUCCCAGACGGUGCAGCAUCGAGUGUAAAGAUUGCGCGUGGCUUUGGCGUGUUGCAUGUUGAUAAUACCUAGUUCUGGAUGUGGAUUUUGAAUGUGUUAAAUCAUGCAUUUAUUGGAUGUGAAAUAUACGGAUAUGAAAAGCACAUACGUUGUUCGGAUAGCGAUUUUCUAUAUUGUGUACGAAGCUUAGUCAGAUCUCUUGGGAUUUAAGUAAAACUAUGUGGUGUUUUUAUAAGAAAAACAAACAAUUUAGAACAUUUUAAAUUAAGCUCGAGUUUGAUGAUACAAUUAGUCGAUUACGUUGUGUGUUUUUUUCAUUUUGGAAUAAAGCCUCUCAUAAUGUUCUAUUGGAAUAACUAUUUAGUUCGUUAGAAUGACAGUUUAAUUAUAAGACAUAUAGGGCCACAACAAAAUGAUGGCGAUACGUAUAUAGCGCCUGAGCCUUUGUGGUGUUGAAAUAGGAAAAUAUAUUAAAGUCAUUCUUGUUUGACUGAUUAAAAACAUUUAGAUCGAAGAUAUUUUAGCACGGAUAACAGUUAUGAUGUUAAUCAGUAAAUAAAACAAUUUAUAAAAGCAUUCAUCAAGGGUCUGCGUUGGGUUUUGGAGUCAAGACUUCACUUUUUAUUAAGUAUAAAGCAAAAGAAGAUUAGACGAAUCUAAGAAUCUUUAAAACAACAAAAAGAAAAACUGACAAUUUAUACUUGUGUGCAUCAGAACCAUGCUAAAAACACAAAAUCCAAAUAAAUGUCGUUGAUAUUCUAAAUAACAAUAAUCGACAAAAUCCAAAUAAUUGCUGUUGAUAUUCUUAAUAACAAUAAUCGACAAAUGACAAACAACUAAACGUGUCUUUAACCAUGGCGUCGCUGUUAAGAAUUAUGGUUUUUUAUACUUUAGCCUUCGCCUUCUUUCCUAACCGGGCUUAUUCCAAAUGUGCUUUUGAUGCGUGCUCUAUUAUACUCCACUCCUGUAAAGCUGACCAAGAGUGCGUAACUAUGGAUGACUGUUCAUUUUUAUGCGAUAAUGUGACGUCAUCAAACAUUAUGACGUCAAAACAACCUACAGCGACAAACGAAACGUCAACGGCAUUAUACGGGAGGAACUGUUCAUGCGUACACGGUACGUGUGUGAAUAACGCCACUUCUCCAUGUGUCUGUAACGAAAGUUGGUUCGGUAACACGUGCAAUGUAUCGUGCGAGCAACUGUGUGGCGAACGUAUGUUAUGUAUUGGUCUGAAUGAAAACAUGCAAUGCAUACCAGAUGGUAUUAAUGAUAAUCAUGUACCAACGAACCUUUCAAAUGCCGACGUAUGUAGUCCGACCUACGUCAAACGGCCAGAUUCGGAAAGAAGUUGCAGUUUGAUUCCAUUGAGUUGUGAAUUUGGAGUAUGCAUUGAAAGUAUAGAUACUAUACACUGCAAAUGCGAUCUGCGGGCUACCGGUCAGUUGUGCGAACAGAGAUGCUGUCGGAACUGUGGUGCGCAUGGCUCAUGUCGUGUCGUGCCUGGAUCUGGAAUAGAAAUGUGUAACUGUGAGCAGAACUAUACGGGUGCAUUUUGUGAAAUACCAAUCCACGAAGCUAACAAUUCUUGCAACUGCAUUCAAGGGUCAUGUAAUGAUGCGAGAACGUGCAUUUGUAACAAAGGGUGGACGGGAGCCACGUGCAACAUAUCCUGUUCGGAUCAUUGCGGUCAGGGUAGCACUUGUGCAGAAGUCUUUAGCAAAGUAACCUGCAUCCCAACCGGAAUAGAGACCACGAGCCAGAGUCAGACCACGAUAAUCCCGCGCCAGGACGCUUGCAGCUCCGACUACGUCCUUCGACCAGUACAAGAACGGGAAUGCAUGGGCAUAUUUAAUUGUACAUACGGGACCUGUGUUAUCCAAGGAGACUUUAGGUUGUGUCAAUGCGAUAUUGGUGUAUCGCCCGGAUAUCAGCUAUGUGAGCACAAAUGUUGCAAGGACUGUGGAAACAACGGGCAGUGCUACUACCACCCGGAGCUAAAUGAGAUGUGUAACUGUGAAACGAACUAUUCAGGGCCACUGUGUGAGAUAUACGAUCCGCCAGUGAAGAACACAGAAGUUGAAAAGGUUCAUUGGUGGUUCUAUCUGAUUGUCGUACUGAUUCCAAUCCUCGUGAUGACGCUGCUGACGUCACUGUUUCUCGUGUAUCUUUGGAAACGACGCGUCAUCGUUGUUCUGAAAGCUGUCAGGUUGUUUCAAGCGUAUGAAGAUGACGACGAACGUCAAUGGGACGCUUUCAUCUCGUACCGUUCCAAUACCCCGGAUGAAGAUUACGUCAUUCAUACGUUAUUCCCGAAACUCACGCAAGAAAUGGGUUUCAACGUGAACGUCCAUUAUAAAGAUUUUAUUCCUGGAAAUGAGAUCACCAACAACAUCAUCUACGCUGUGGAGAACAGUCGUCGCACAAUCCUGGUCGUCUCCCCUCACUACCUCACGAGUAACUUCACCAAGAUGGAGUGGCAGUUGGCACAGCAGAAGAUGCUCGAGCGCAAGAACAAGAUAAUCCCCAUUCUUCUGGAAGAAAUAUCGUCCCAAAAGGACACCAUGGAUCCCAACCUAAAAAGUAUUCUAGACUCUGUCACCUACAUCGAGUGGCCGGGAGAUCAGUCCAAGAAGGUCGAUAAGUUUUGGCAACGAAUAAGUCUGUCAAUGCCAAAAAAGAAAAAGCAAACUCAGCACAUGAGCAGUUCUUUUCAAAAUGGUGGACUCAGUCAGCCUGCCAAUUCGACCAAUCAGAAUUCAGACUCUUUGAACAAGUCAUUUGAACUUGACUCAAUGAAACCAAGGUUUGAAAGAAGUGUUUCAGAAAGUUCAGAAGUGUAUAACCAUAUUAAUGAAAAUGAGAUGUUGGGUCCUGAAGAAAUUUACAGCAUUAUUAACGAAGGGGCAAUAGAUCUUGACGUUAAACAUGUAACUGACGAACAAACGCGUAAUGAGAUUAACAAUGAAAUGAAUGAUGACUGUGGACCGAAAACAUUGGUAAAUGAGCCUAAAAGAAUUGAAAACGACUACAUCUUCAAAAUUGAUGUUUGAAAAGUGCCUUGAGGGUACUGUAUGGUAGACUUUAAUAAAUAAAGCUUACACAAUAGUAUUUGGCAAUAGUUACGAAUGAUAUAUUCUUAACAAAAAAAUUAUACUUCAUAGUUUAAUUUUGAGCAUUUAUUGUAUAUCAUUAAAAUACAAUAUCAGAGUAAAACAUUCCAGAAUAUUAUAAAGGGGUCAAUGUCAUUGUGUAACAAUAGAUAAAAUACAUAAUUCAUUUCAUCAAUACAAAAAAAUAAAACUUUAUCGAAUGCCUUACAAUCUACGGUGCAGGUACCACAGUGUACACACAACUUUAAGUUUGUGACUUAUUCAUGUAUUUUCUAUACCAUAUGUUGUACAUAAAAGCAUUUAUUUUUUAACCCGUCUUCAAAAAAAGACAAACUACUUUAUUUUACCUCUUUUUACAGUUUAAAAUGUGCAUUUGUUUUAGACACACUUGUUUUGUGUAUAUGCCUGUGUAUGACUUUUUACGUCGCAUACAAUUUUGUGAGAUCCUUUAUUAAUGCAAAUAUCGCUGAUCAACAGUGUAAAAAUUUCUAUAUUAUGUUCGAAUUCAAUAAAUGCAAAUGAAUCCGGCUAUGUAUUUCAUAUAGCAGCAUUAUAAAAAAAAAUAUUUAAGUUAAUUAGCACAUGACAUAGGAACUAAUAUCCAUCAAGUUCCUGCGAAUUAAAUGAAUAAGUUGUUGUUGUCUUAAUAUUGGUAUAAUUUUAGAAUGUCGAUUUCGGCCUUAAUUACUUUUAUACGUUUGGACGUAAAAUGCAUUAUUUAAGAACUGUUUAUGUUUACAAAUAUUAGCAGAAUACAAAUAAUGAUGAGUACCUUGUUCAUUAAGUAAUAUUUCUAAACACAAUUGCAUUUUGUAAAAAUGUACUCAACUUUCUUGUUUUUAUUAAUUUUGAGAAGUGUUUAUUAGUUGACACGGUGACACUCAAAAGGUUAUGUUUAAACGUUUACAUGAAGUAUACAAUAACCAAUGUUUCAUCUUUGCAAAGCUGAAACUGCUUUUAUAUUUAAAACGAGUAUAAUUAAUAUGUGUAUUAAAACAGUAUUUGAAUUAAGUAAAAACAAAUAUUUUUAUUAAAAAAAUAACUUGUUAUAAUUCUGUAUUCUCUGUGUCAAGUGUAGUGAUCUUUAUGUCGCUGGUUCGAACCCUGUAAUUUUGCGGGUUCAUUUUGAUUUGUUAUGGAAUACUUGUUUUCAGAGCGUUCUGUAGAAUGACCAUUAAACGUAUUGUUAAUACUCACAAAUAUAUACUCAUGAUUGUAUUCAAGCCGUAUAGAUAAACGAUACGAUUGCAUAAACGACCUGUUUGAAUGGAAUGUUUGAUAGUUUCAGCCGUGUCACCCCCGUUUGUAUUAUUUUUGUUAUUCUUUGUUAUGUAAAAGGGCCUAGAAGUGGUAGCCUUAAACAUUUUUGGAAUUGCAUCCUAUACACAUGUAUAUUUUUAAUUUGUUCCUUAUAUUUCGUGUUCUUAGGUUUUCGUAAAAAGAUAUCUUGACAGUAAUAAGUUAAACAUUAAUUAAUCCAUUUGGUAUAAUAAAAAGAUAUGAAAGCUACUCAUUUUAUUUUAUCUUGGUCUUUCUUAAUUAGUGUCUCUUCAUUUAAAUGUUACUUGUCUCCUAUUACAUUCUUACUUUAAUCAAAUACAUAUUGUUAGUGUUGUUGUUGUUGUUAUUGUUGUUUUAAUCUAAACAUUUAUGUAAUGUAAACACAACGAUUGAUUACAGACAAUAACAUGUCUCAUUAAUCGAAUCGCCCAUUAAUCUGUAGAGCAAAAGUCGUUUCUCUUUUGGCACGCGUCGAGGAGUUGUUAAAGUAUAAAUUUCCGGUUAAAAUAAAUAUAAGCAAUAGUGUUUAAUUUGCGGAUGUUAAUAUUAUUUAAACUAAAUUUUCUAGAAAUUUAUUUGAUUGUGCCGGUCUUAAAUAAAGAGUUUAACACGUUGUUUUGUUUUCAAUGUGAACACAAUCGUGUAAUGCUACUUGAUGAAUGUUUUUGAUCAAUAACUCUCCUCUUACACAGAUAAUAAUGAUGGCGAGGAAAAUGAUGAUGGCGUUUAUGAUGUUAAUUAAGCUGAUAAUGAUUUCUUGCAACAUCAUAAUUAUCAUUAUAAAAACACAAUUAUUAUUAUUAACUUCUGAUCAUUAUUCUUAGCUUUAUGAUCAUUAUGAGCAGAAGCAUCAGCAACAACAGCAUCAACAAAACCAUCAUCAUGAUCAAAAUCAAUAUCUCUUCAUAGUGUCUCUUCAUAAAAGUGCUACUUGUCUUCUAAUACAUUCUGACUUCAAUCUAAUACAUGUUGUUAUUUU